AUGCGUGGAGAUGGCGCAGCGGAGCAUUCGCUGCGCGAGCGAUUCGUCGCCGUUGUCGAUGCGUCUGGACGAGGAGAUGGGCGACACGAUCGUGGCGUCGGUGGAGGCGUUCGAGAAGGACGCGACGUUCAGCAUCAUCGAGCGCGAAACGAACGGUCUGAAGAUCAUGAAGAAGCUGUGGCGCGAAUUGGUGCUGGGUCCUUCGAUGUGGCACGGCGUGGAAGGUGUGGAGGGCGACGCCAGCGACGAGAGUCGGCGCGUCUACUACCAGCUGGACUGCAAAGAGACCGAGAAACGGCUGCGGAACCGGCUGAAGCGGGACUGGAACGAGCGGCCGCACCGGCAUAUCGGGCGCGACCUGACGGGGAAGAAGAAGGCGGCGACGGAGGAGAAGAACGCGCUGAUGACGCUCAAUUUGUAUCGGAAGGGUGGGUUUCCCGCGGUGAGGUGAGGAGUAGAGGGCGACGACGAGCGGCUCCCCGCGGAUCAGGAAGAACUGCUGACGCCGCAGUCGCCAGUGCCGGUGAACGUGGAGGAGGAAGUGAGCAAUCUGGACCUGAAGUUCACGCACGGAGAGCGUGUGCUGCGCUCGUCGCGCAUGGAGUUGGUGCUCCCGAUGUGCGUGAUCCAGGGCCGCGCAGAUCUCACGCCGCAGCACCUCUUCUUCUUCCCCGAGGGCUUCGAAGCGGGCCACGAGGGCAGCAAGAAGGACAUGCGCGUCCGCAAGUGGGAGCUGAACGCCAUCGUGGAGAUUUACCGCCGUCGCUACCUGCUGGCGCCCACGGCCAUCGAGAUCAUCACGCGCAACCGCUCCUACUUCCUCAAUUUCCCCGAGGAGGGCGAGUAUCUCCAGGUCUUCCAGGUCAUGAUGGCGCAAAAACCGCGGUUCCUGCGGUCGCACCCGCUGUUCCGGCAUCUGUACCCGCCGGCGCAGCUGGUGGCGAAGGCGGAGUGGACGCAGCUGUGGCGGACGCGGCAGCUGUCGAACUUCGAGUAUCUGAUGCGUCUGAACAUGGCGGCGGGGCGAUCGUACAACGACAUCCAGCAAUACCCGGUGUUCCCGUGGGUUAUUGCGGACUACACAUCGGAGACGCUGGACCUGGACAAGCCGGAGGUGUACCGCGAUCUGUCGAAGCCGAUCGGCGCGCUGAACGAGGAGCGGCUGGAGGGCUUCAUGGAGCGGUACAACGCGAUGGAGGAGGACGGCGCGAUCCCUCGCUUCAUGUACGGGUCGCACUACUCCAACGUGGGCACCGUGCUGAACUUCCUCGUGCGGCUGGAGCCCUUCGCGGAGCUCGCCGCGCGGCUGCAGGGCGGGCACUUCGACUGGGCGGACCGUCUGUUCCACAGCAUCGAAGAGGCCUGGACGCGCGUGCUGACGAGCACGGGCGACGUGAAGGAGCUGACGCCCGAGUUCUUCUACUCCCCGCACUUCCUGCGGAACAGCAACGGGCUGGAUCUGGGCACGCGGCAGGACGGAACGAAGCUGGACGACGUGAUUCUGCCGCCCUGGGCGAAGUCGCCGGAGGAGUUCGUGCGGAUCAACAUGCAGGCGUUGGAGUCGGACUACGUGAGCGAGCGGCUGAGCGACUGGAUCGAUCUGAUUUUCGGAUACAAGCAGCGCGGCCCGGAGGCCGAGAAGGCCUACAACGUCUUCUACUACAUGACGUACGAGGGCAUGGUGGACCUGCACGCGCUCACCGAUCCGGAGGAGCGCAAAGCCGUCGAGUCGCAGAUCGCCAACUUCGGCCAGACGCCCUCGCAGCUCUUCACCACGCCGCACCCCAAGCGUCUGUCCGCCGCCGAGGCGCUGGCCGUGCGCGGACUCAAGAUCCUCCCGGGCACGGUGCUGAACCCGCAGCCCGUCUCCACGCCCCACACCUCGCCCAUCAUCCGCCUCCACUUCAGCCGCGAGAACCGCGACGUCCUCUCGGUCGACGCCGCCGGCUGCGUGGCGCUGCACCGCUACCACGCCGCGCAGCCGGGCCACAAGCUGCUUCCCUUCACCUUCCAGCCCUCCGCGCAGCCCGGACGCCGCCUUCUCCCCCACGCCGACGCUUUCCCCGCGGCCCCGCGCAGUCGCGUGGUGCGGGGACAGGCGAGUCCCGCGGGGGAGUCGAUGCUGGCGCUGAUGCGUGCGCGGUUCUGCACGGACGCGUCGCUGACGCGGUUGUUCAGCACGGGCCAUCACGAUUGCGCGGUGUGCGUGCAGCAGCUGGGAGGCGAGGCGCCCCCGCGGAAGCUGCGGUACAACGGCGUGCUGGGGAGCUGCAUCGCGCUGACGGAGGACGCGAGCGAGGUGCUGGUGGGCACGCGCGACGGAUUGGUGGUGGGAUGGGAGCUGGCGUAGCGAUGAGGCGGAGGAGUGAGGCGGGCAGACCGUCGGUGAUUCUGCCGGGAUUGCCGUCGAAGGUGGUGCAGAUCUGCGCGUCGAAGGAUUUGGAUUUGGUGGUGGCGUCGACGGCGUCGAAUCAGGUGUAUCUGUUCAAUCUGCGCGACGGACGAUUCGUGCAGGUGAUCGACUGCACGCAGCGCGUGGAGAGUCCGUGGCAGGAGGAAGGGAAGACGGUGAAGGCGAACUAUCGCAUCACGCAGCUGCUGACGACGUGGAUGGGCUACGUGGUGAUUUCGAUGAUUUCCGUGCGGAGAGGAUUGCCCAACUAUCUGCUGUGCUUCGACGUCAAUGGGAUCCUGCUCUAUGAACGGCACGAUGUCGCGAAGAUCCACACGCUGAGCGCGUCGCACGACUCCAAGUGGCUGUUCGCGGAGUCCACGCAUCACAUCUGCAUCUUCACGCUCCCCGAUCUGCGGCUGAAUACGGUGCUCGCGUCGCCGAAGCUGAAGAUUGAGAGUCUUUGUGUGUCGAGCGACAACCGGGCGCUGCUCGCUGGAGUGGAGAAUGGAGAUGUGUUCUGCUAUGGUCUGAACUUGCGGUGGAAGGAAAAGGAGGACGAGAUGCCUGUGGAAGCGGAGGAGGAGAUGAUGGAAGGAAACGAAGAGUUGGAUUGAUCUGGUUGCUGAUUGUUGCU